AUGGAAGAACUUACAGCUUUUGUUUCGAAGUCUUUUGAUCAAAAGGUGAAAGAAAAGAAGGAUGGGAUCACGUAUAGAGAAGUUCUGGAGAGCGGGCCUGUGCGAGCUCGAGAGCCGAGUAUGAGUGAAGGCAGCCGGGAUGAAGUGAUCAGCGCACAGCGUGGGGCGUCUCGAUCCCCGAGUACUGAGCCAGAGAUCGGGCCAGAGAGACCUCGGGACAGCGGCACUCCGAAACUAACCGAUCCGGGCAGUGGUGAUAUUAAAGAGAGGAAGGAAGAUGCUAAACCCACAGAAGAAGAAGCGCAGACAAAAAUUAAACAACGGCGAAGUCGGACUAACUUCACACUGGAGCAGCUAAAUGAACUAGAGAGAUUGUUCGAUGAAACCCAUUAUCCGGAUGCAUUUAUGAGAGAAGAGCUGAGUCAGAGGCUGGGGCUCUCAGAAGCCAGAGUGCAAGUAUGGUUUCAGAACAGAAGAGCAAAAUGUCGAAAGCAAGAGAAUCAACUUCAUAAAGGUGUACUUAUUGGAACCACCAGUCAGUUCGAGGCUUGUCGAGUGGCACCGUACGUCAAUGUGGGAGCCUUGAGAAUGCCAUUUCAACAGGAGAAUCAUUGCAACAUGACGCCCUUGUCCUUUCAGGUCCAGGCGCAGCUGCAGUUGGACAGCGUGGCGCACGCGCAUCACCACCUCCACCCACACCUGGCUGCGCAUGCGCCCUACAUGAUGUUCCCGCCACCGCCCUUUGGUUUGCCCUUGGCCACCUUGGCAGAAUCCGCCACUGUGGUGGCAGCGGCAGCAGCAGCCAAAACCACCAGUAAAAACUCCAGCAUUGCGGACUUGAGACUUAAAGCGAAAAAACAUGCCGCAGCGUUAGGCCUGUGA